AUGUCCUCACGCCGAACCCCGACCGGCGAUGACACAAGAGCAUACCUGAGCCGUAAGGUCUUCCCCAAGAGCUGCAGAACAGCUGACAGCCUGGGGUAGGAAGGGAGGGAUGGAGGGAGGGUAGAGGUUGAGGGAGGGGAAUGGGAACAUUGUUAAUGAGAACAUGUUGGCCUUUUGUAACGGAGCCAUGGCCAAUUAGUGUCAGUGGGGGUUGCCGUUAGAAGGGCCUUUAUUGGAUGGUGUUAGGAGUUCCACAGCUAGGAUCAGUCCAUCCAUUCUGUGUGUCGUGUUCAGGCUGGAAAUCAGUUUGAAAGAGUUGCAACAUGUGGAACAUUCAUUUAGAGGUGAAAUGUUAGUAGGUUUCCAUAAGCAUUUUUAAUGAGAAUGACUUGGCCUCAGAUCGGCUGAGUCAGAGUAUCAUUUUUGACUUUUUCCUAAGUCAGACUGACUCCCUCCCUCGCUUUUGCUAGAUUUUUAUCUGAAAAUGAACUGAAUAUUGUACCAAGUAAACCAUGUGAAAUUUAAUGGGAAAAUGAUUGUGGUUGACUAUUAAACCUCCUCUGCCAUGCAAGCCUUUGAUCUGUCGUCCAGUUAUGUUGACCUCACAAUAACAGAUUUUCAUGUUCCAAGUUGUUGUAAGUUCCACUUCUUUGUCUGUUUCAUCGACCCUGCAAUCGUAGUUGUGAUAGGCACAUGAGAAAGGCCAUGUGAGCCAUGAUAGGCUGAAAGAGGGCAUUGAAGUUUCUCCAGAGCUGGGGUCUCCUUAUCAAUCCCAAAGCAACUCCUGGGUGCCUGCAUGGCGCCUGCCCAGACACCACCCUCCCUGAUACUGUGCAUGUGUGUGAAUGGGCAUAUAUCUAGAGCCAAAAAGGGCCUCAUUUCAGCAUAGUCCAUUUGAAGAUGCAAAAUGGAGAUCUCUUCCCUCUCAUCACAAACACACGCACACAUGCACACACACACACACACACACACACACACACACACACACACACACACACACACACACACACACACACACACACACACACACACACACACACACACACACACACACACACACAAACACAAACACACACACACACACACACACACACACACACAGACACAGUGUGGAGGGAUGGAUCUGGUUUCCUGAGUGUUUACAGGAAGCUCCCCGUCACACCAGUUCAAACUGUGACAUUUGAACCUGGACGUCUGCACAAAUAUUUGGCCACAGUCAGGAAUUCAGACCAAGAAACUAUGUCAAUUAUUCAUUCUAAUAGGGCUAUUAGUCUACAACACUAUACAUCAUGUUCUGGCUGUCUGUAAUGUUUAAUUUAUCUUGUUCCUUUGCAGAAAUAGGACCGGUAACCAUCACAACGGAUCCAAAGAAGUUUCAGUUUGAACUGAGGGAGCUGUACGUCCAGGUGGGUUCUAGAGUUAACGACCCUCCUCAGUUAUACAGAGCUGUUGUAUUUUUGUUUCUUUGAAAGUUGACCAUACUGGAUACAUAACAACAUUCUCGUGAAACCUGAUUUUCCAUAGCCAUCGCAAACACAUAUCUAAACAAAAAUAACACAUAUCUAAACAAACACAUAUCUAAACAAAAAUAACACAUAUCUAAACAAACACAUAUCUAAACAAAAAUAACACAUAUCUAAACAAACACAUAUCUAAACAAAAAUAACACAUAUCUAAACAAACACAUAUCUAAACAAAAAUAACACAUAUCUAAACAAACACAUAUCUAAACAAAAAUAACACAUAUCUAAACAAACACAUAUCCAAACAAAAAUAAUCAACUGAGUCAGAGAGCCAAACAGAGCGAUGCGAAGUCCAAAUUCUCCUGCAAUCGCUCAGAGGAAGGGAGGAGAGGGAGGAAGUUCUCUUGUGAUUGGUGGUUAUCACCUCUCUGUAUGGUAAUCCAUUAUUUGAACAAUGCUGCUGAAGUGCUUCACUGAAACCCAGAUUUGUCUCUCAGCAGUAUCAGUAUCUGAGCAGACCACUGACAGAAGAGUGAUUUGUGUCUGGGAGCAAAGGAGCAAUGCGGUGAAACCAGUAGCUAGCGUUCAGAUACUGCAGCUAGCUGCCCUGCGAGGGGACAUCCUUGGCAUGUGCUUGUGCAUCCUUGGCGCAUGCUAGCUUGUGUUUGGCGUGUGAGUGGGGGUGUUCUGUGUAACACAGUACCCCCAUAGAGAUCCCUGAGCUUCCUUUUACAGGACUAUGCCAGGCUAUCCUCUCCUGACCCCGGUUGUCACCUGUCAUCUCUCUGCUGCUGUAGGCUGGGACCAGGUUAAAGAACUGAUGAGUUUUAGGACUAUCUCAUGUAGUUGUAUGUAGAUGACAUCUAAUCUAAUGCAGUUCAACUCUGAUGUAGUUAACCUCUUAUAUGGGUCAGCUCCAUAGCCAUACAUACAUUGUUUAUAUACAUCAUUGGGUCAGCCCUUUCGAUGUCCAGUAGGCUACCCUCAUUCUGGUUACCAUAGGUUCCCUCCAAGCCAGUUGUUCUCGCACAAGGUUGUUGAGAUCAGCUGGUGGGGUAUGUACUACAUUUUGUGCUGUCCUAUAUUUUGGUACUGUAGGGGGGAAUGAGAGUGCACGUACAGGGGGUGAUAGGGUUAUUGUUACGGGAUGAGGGGGAUUCUUUGCCGGGGGGUGGGGGUGUUAGGGAGCGGAGGAGAGGAGUUCUCCUCACAUUCCAUCCCUCUGGUCUGGAAACAGGGAUCAGUCAGUUCCAGAUGUUCCUCCUGGCGUCCAGCGCUCCCCUCAUACAGACACGUGCCUCCUAGAAUGCUCCAGAGGACAGCUCCCCUGACCCCACAGAGAGAGGGGGGAGGGGGGGAGACAGAAAUAUGGAGAGAGGGAGGAAGAAAGAAAGCGAGAGAGAGUGAGGAAUAGAUAGAGAGAGAGAGAGAGAGAGAGGGAGAGAGAGAGAGAGAGAGAGAGAGGGGUGAAGGGAGAUGGAGAGAGGGGAGUGAGAGAGUGGGGGUGGGGGUGGGGGGGGGGGUGGAGAGACAGCAACAGAGAAGAGGAGUAAAAUGUAAGAGACUUUAAGAUAGACAGCAGAACAGAAUAUAUUAUUUCAGUUAAUGUCAAACAUACACUACCGUUCAAAAGUUUGGGGUCGCUUAGAAAUUAGUUUGAAUAGGAAAUAUAGCAAAAUGAAUAGGAAACGUAGUCAUUGACAAGGUUAGAAAUAAUGAUUUUUUAUUUAAAUAAUAAUUGUGUCCUUCAAACUUUGCUUUCGUCAAAGAAUCCUCCAUUUGCAGAAAUUACAGCCUUCAAGACAUUUGGCAUUCUAGUUGUCAAUUUGUUGAGGUAAUCUGAAGAGAUUUCACCCCAUGCUUCCUGAAGCACCUCCCACAAGUUGGAUUGGCUUGAUGGGCACUUCUUACGUACCAUACGGUCAAGCUGCUCCCACAACAGCUCAAUAGGGUUGAGAUCUGGUGACUGUGCUGGCCACUCCAUUAUAGACAGAAUACCAGCUGACUGCUUCUUCUCUAAAUAGUUCUUGCAUAGUUUGGAGCUGUGCUUUGGGUCAUUGUCCUGUUGUAGGAGGAAAUUGGCUCCAAUCAAGCGCCGUCCACAGGGUAUGGCAUGGAGUUGCAAAAUGGAGUGAUAGCCUUCCUUCUUCAAGAUCCCUUUUAGCCUGUACAAAUCUCCUACUUUACCACCACCAACGCACCCCCAGACCAUCACAUUGCCUCCACCAUGCUUGACAGAUGGCAUCAAGCACUCCUCCAGCAUCUUUUAAUUUGAUAUGCGUCUCACAAAUGUUCUUCUUUGUGAUCCGAACACCUCAAACUUCGAUUCGUCUGUCCAUAACACUUUUUUCCAAUCUUCCUCUGUCCAGUGUCUGUGUUCUUUUGCCCAUCUUAAUCUUGUCUUUUUAUUGGCCAGUCUGAGAUAUGGCUUUUUCUUUGCAACUCUGCCUAGAAGGUCAGCAUCCCGGAGUCGCCUCUUCACUGUUGACGUUGAGACUGGUGUUUUGCGGGUACUAUUUAAUGAAGCUGCCAGUUGAGGACCUGUGAGGCGUCUGUUUCUCAAACUAGACACUCUAAUGGAUUUGUCCUGUUGCUCAGUUGUGCACCGGGGCCUCCCACUCCUCUUUCUAUUCUGGUUAGAGCCAGUUUGCACUGUUCUGUGAAGGGAGUAGUACACAGCGUUGUACGAGAUCUUCAGUUUCUUGGCAAUUUCUCGCAUGGAAUAGCCUUCAUUUCUCAGAACAAGAAUAGACUGUUAUUUGUUUCUGGCCAUUUUGAGCCUGUAAUCGAACCCACAAUUGCUGAUGCUCCAGAUACUCAACUAGUCUCAAGGCCAGUUUUAUUUAUUCUUUAAUCAGCACAACAGUUUUCAGCUGUGCUAACAUAAUUGCAAAAGGCUUUUCUAAUGAUCAAUUAGCCUUUUAAAAUGAUAAACUUGGAUUAGCAAACACAACGUGCAAUUGGAACACAGGACGGAUAAUGGGCCUCUGUACGCCUAUGUAGAUAUUCCAUUAAUAAUCAGCCGUUUCCAGCUACAAUAGCCAUUUACAACAUUAACAAUGUCUACACUGUAUUUCUGAUCAAUUUGAUGUUAUUUUAAUGGACAAAAAAUUUGCUUUUCUUUCAAAAACAAGGACAUUUCUAAGUGACCCCAAACUUUUGAACGGUAGUGUAUAUCAUUAAAGAUGUCUGUAAUUUCACUAUGAAAAAAACCCUAAAGCAAUACACUGAUUGGCCAAGAGUCCUCAUAAAUGCUAUGUAAAGCUUUUAUAAAGCUACACAAUGGCGUGCGGUGAGGUUGGUGGCUGGGUAAGCACAGGCUAUUAUCAAAGCCAGAUUUACUCACAAAUAAACCUUGAUGAAGCCCAAGGUCACCAUACAACAGAUAGCUCCAACACCCAGAGUGACAUAGGCUAUUAACCAAAAUGGACCAACAAAAAUGUAAAUACCAAUGUAGCCAAGAUACACAAGCGAUAGCCUCUGAUGGCAGCAUAUUUAAUCCGACAAAAUGACACACUGCUUAACUCAGCUCAGCCAAAGACCGAUGUAGCAUCCACAGUUACAACUGAUAUGUGGCACUAAAAUACCAAUAUAUCGACACAUUUCAUCCGAAUAAUUUGCAACGCAAACUCCAUAGUAAUGAUGGGAGAAAAAAUAGAUAAGGUUACAUAUCGAAAUAUUAUUUUUGGACGAUAUUAUAUUGAUAUUUGACUCCAAUUAUCGAUUUGUAAGGUAGCAUUAGCAAGCGCUAGUCAGCUGUACCUGUGCCAAAACUCUGGUAUUUUUCAUCCUAUAGCUUGUUCUCCAUUUUCUUUUUAAAUAGUGAACCAACUUGUUUUCAGCACUUUUAUUUCCAUGACUGAUCAAAACUUGUUUUCUCAUGGCUCUCUCUUGUCCCUCUGCAGCAGACAUAUAGUGAGCAAUAUGUUUGGAACAUCGAAUCGCAAUAAAACCACAGUAUCGAAUCGCAAUACAUAUAGAAUCGUGAGAAUCGCAUUACAUUUCGUAUCGGCACCUAAGUAUGUUGAUAAUAUUAUAUUGUGAGGUCCCUGGCAAUUCCCAUCCCUACUCCAUGGCCUUUCACAAUGGAUUUAGAAUUCUUCCAAUGAGCAGCGCGUGAAAACACACACACAUAAUAAUAUUAUUAUGUGAAAUAUUAUUACACACAUAUAUAAUAAAUAAGGUUCUAAUGAAAUGUCCAUAUCGACAAUCGAAAUGACUGAAAAAUACAGUUAAAAACCUCAGAACGAAAUUCUGGCUUAAAAAUCAAACGCAUUCAAAGGGAUGUUGUCUCUUCUCAUAAUUCAACAGUAGCCUAACCUGCAAAUUGCAAAGGAGAAUGCAUUCAGGCUUUCCUUUACUAGUAAAUGAAGUCCAGUCGUCUGCUGAACCUCUCGGUGACAGCGCUGUAGAAGUCACAGCAGAACCCCAUGUCCAUUAUUUUAUUCUGCAGAACAGCAGGCACACGGCUGUGGGAGACGCAUCUCCAAGGCCUCCUUCAGUUCCAUUUUCACACGGACACACAAUUAUAUCCCAUUCUCAUUACGUCCACAAAGCAAAAGAAAAUGUCCAAGAUGUUGUAAAAGUUUGGGUAAAAAAUAUUAAAGGUGCAAUAUGCAGAAAUCGCUCCGCCAUUUCCUGGUUGCUGAAAUUCUAAUAGUUUGCCUAAUUUCAGUUUAUGUGACAAAACAAGCAUAGAGAAUGUAGAGAAUCAUUGUACCAUCUAAACCACUGUGAAAUAUAUUUUCCAUAACCAGUAAUAUUGUAUUUUCAGCAAUUUGAAGACGCAAAAAACCAACAUAAGAACGGAAGCAUAGAAAUACCGCACAUAGAACAUAUCUACCGCUUCUUAGAAUUGCUUUCAAUGAGAAUGACAGAUAUAUAACUCACAUUUCUAUAUGAAUUUGGUCGGGUCACCCAAAAUGUUACAUAUUGCAGCUUUAAUUGGUAAUGACAUUUCACGCAAGUGGACAGCUAGCAGUGAGGGAGAUGGUAGUUGUCAGUCAGCUAGCAGUGAGGAAGAUGGUGGUUGCCUGUCAUGUCACGUCUUGUGUGUAGAGCUCCUGUAUGCUGCUUCUGUUUGGUCUUAACUUUUAUUAUAGUUGACUUUCCACUCUUCAAACCUUCCAAAUGGCGCUCGUUACAUUAUUCAAACGUGGACAUUUUUUGAGGUGCAAUAGUGUCCAUUUUCAGGUUGUUUUUGCUAGCUAGCUUUGUUCAGUUCAAUGGAUGCGAGUGCCAGAUUAUGUAGACACGCCCAAAUGUGCACAGCUUACCCCAGGCAAUACCCACACAACAUGUUUAGGCAAUACGCAUGCGAAAAAUAUGAAAUUGUCUCAAUGCAAUGAAUGAAGCUUCAAGCUAGGCAAAGCAGCGAGGCCUAUGCUGACCCUGUCCAUUAACAGUGACUGGACUCAGGAAGGCCGUGGCAUCAACGAUUUGAAUGUAUUUGAAUUGAUGGGAGAAAGCAUGAGUGCCCUGGAACCUUUCCUGAGGUUUUGAUGCAGUUUUAGCAAAUGUAGAGAUUUUGAGCAAAAAAACACCAGAAUCAUUGAGAAGAAACAUUAGAUAACAAAAAAUUAUUACAUAACAGCUUUUCUGCAGUAAGUAGUCAUUAACAUUUAGCGGAACAAAUUACCAAUCAUCAACAACCUCUACAGGUUAUCUACAGCACAUCAGUCAAUGUCACCACUAGUCCCUCAACAUUCAAAAACAUUUUUUUUUGUCAUUUAGCAGACACUCUUAUCCAGAGCGACUUACAGGAGCAAUUAGGGUUAAGUGCCUUGCUCAAGGGCACAUCGACAGAUUUUUCACCCAGUCGGCUCGGGGAUUAGAACCAGCGACCUUUCGGUUACUGGCACAACGCUCUUAACCGCUAAGCUACCUUCCACCUGUUUAAGUCAUAUCAUCCCCAGUCCAGAUCUGUUUAUAGGGUUCAUAGACAUGCUAUACAUGUGUUUAAAUUAUAAUCUUGUUACAGUUUUUUUCAAUUGCUAACAUGCAUUGGUCAAAACUGAAGUCACAUUGUCAAAACUCUUCACACAGUCAGCGAAACAGAAGUGUAUCUGGACCAAACUGUGAAUCAUUUUUCAUUGCUUUCACACAAAAUGCAUUCAAUGACCACAUUCUCCGAAAUCCAUGAACUCUUUUCUCAUUCAUACUCCACCACCUGCAAAACUAUAUAUUUGCAGCACAUGUUUUCAAAUGCUAACACACUGUUUCCUAAACUGUUAAAAACACAUUCAAAACAGAAUGAUAACAAAUGUCGUGCAUUUCUGCAGUAACCAGAUUGAAACAUAUUGAAAAUCUCAGCAGAAUAUUGAAUCACUCCAAACACAGCUGAUUGCAAUUUCAGUUGAAAGCCUACCCAAGUGUCCUGUUUUUAGUCUCGUUACCAAACAGACAAAAGAGGACGGCUUUGGAAUGAUUUAGUAUGGAAACAUGGAUCAAGGAAGACAGGUUGGUGGGGAAAGAAGAGUGGCAGGGAGAGGGGGAACGCGUGGAGGACAAAGGAGAGGAAGACCAAGAGCAGUGGUCUCUGAUGAGAUAAGGGCCACAGUUAUUGACCAUGUUGUAAACCAUGGUCUCUCUUUGAGAGAGGCAGGUUUAAGGGUGAAACCAAAUCUGCAGCGUUCAACAGUUGCAUCAAUAGUACACAUUUUCCGGCAAAACAACAGGUGAGAUGUGCAUCCUUCAAUGAUAAUUGAACUACAUAUUACAGUACAAUACAGUAUGUUCACAUUUUCACAUGUACUGACAUUUGGAAAUAUAUUGAUUGUUUUGUGUUUUUCAGUAGGAUCCAAAGCUGUGAAUACGGUCAGCACAACGACAAUUGCCAGAGUCCUAGAGAAACAUAAAAUAAGGAUGAAGCAGUUGUACACUGUGCCCUUUGAGAGGAACGUGUGAAAGAACUCCGGUAUCAAUAUGAGAACUAGUGGCCAAAUGCAGGAGAGAGGGAGACUAGAACCCUCCCAGUACUCUACAGUAUGAGGGAUUAUACUAUACAUGUUGAUGAUGUUUUUUUUUUGAAUGAUUAUUGCAGCCCUGGAAUUUCAGGAUUUUGUUUUUUGUUUCAACUUUUUAUUUUUCACAAGUAAAUUACUAUAUGCAAAGAUAUAGAAAAAAAAAGGCUAUUGAGGCAAUUUGCUGCAUUUCUGAAUCAUUCUUGUUACAUAUACUUUAGUACAGUCAAUAAAGGGAAAAUGUGUUAUUCUUAUUCUAUAAUGAAAUACUGAUUUAUGUGAAAAAAAACUUCAAAGAGAAAAGUUAAUCAUUUAUGUAAUGCGCCCUGUUGUUAGUGUUUUUUUAGGUCAGUGUGUUAUGAGUGACAAUGUAUGCUUUCUGAGUGAGAAUUGUUGCCAGUGUUAUGGUCGAACAAACUUAUUUUGAGACAUGUAUGAAGCGUUUUGGUGGUUUGAGUGAGUUUUGGAGGUGAGAUUAACUGUUUGGCCAAGAUGCAUGUUGGUAAUGCAGACUGUGAAGAGUUUUGAAAAAGUGGCUUCAGUAUUGACCGAUGCUUGUUAGCAAUUGAAAUAAACUGUAAUCUACAGUAUGUAUUACAGAUUGGAACAAAACACUAUGUCAACACUGCAUUCAUCCUUAAUGGUUUCCAAUGUGCUUUAAAUAUAAAUGGUGUGGAAUCAAGUGUUCUUGCAAAAUUCCCAUGAAGUGCUCUGUUCCAUAAUGCCCAGAAUGUUCUAGAACACUUUGAUAGUGAAUGUACCCAACAUGCUGUAUAGGUUUGUUUUGGCUCAUCCUAAUGGUUCUGUCACCAGGGAGGUGGAGACUGCCCAGAAAUGAGCAUUGGCGCCAUCAAGAUCGCCCUGGAGAUCUCCCUGCCGGGGUCCUUCAUUUACGUCUUCACAGAUGCCCGAUCCAAAGACUACAAGCUGACCCAGGAGGUCCUGCAGCUCAUCCAGCAGAAACAGUCUCAGGUAAAGCUGUGAACAUCUGGAAGAGAUUGUUGGAGAAGAUUGAAUGUGGUUUAAAAUGUAAAUAUUGCAUUCCUUUAUUUGUGCCGCUGUGUCUAUAGUCUGAUGUGUUUUGUAUGUGUGCACGUGCGUGUGUGUGUGCAUGUGUGUGUAGGUGGUGUUUGUGCUGACAGGGGAUUGUGAUGACCGGUCUCACAUCGGGUACAAGGUCUACGAAGAGAUCGCCUCCACCAGCUCUGGACAGGUGUUCCACCUGGACAAGAAACAAGUAAACGAGGUGAGAGUCAGCCCGAUUGGAACUAGACCUGUCAGUCAGCCUGAAUGGAACUAGUCCCGUUAAGUCAGCCCGAAUGGAACUAGUCCUGUCAGUCAGCCCGAAUGGAACUAGUCUUUUCAGUCAGCCCGAAUGGAACUAGUCCUGUCAGUCAGCUUGAAUGGAACUAGUCCUGUCAGUCAACCUGAAUGGACCUAGUCCUGUCAAUCAGCCCGACUCGAACUAGUCCUGUCAAUCAGCCUGAAUGGAACUAGACCUGUCAAUCAGCCUAAAUGGAACAAGUCAGCCAGUCAGCCCGAAUUGAACUAGUCCUGUCAGUCAGCCUUAAUGGAACUAGUCCUGUCAGUCAGCCCAACUGGAACUAGACCUGUCAGUCAGCCUGAAAUGAAAGACAGACCCGUCAGUCAGCCCGAAUGGUACUAGUCCUGUCAAUCAUCCUGAAUGGAACUAGUCCUGUCAAUCAGUCUGAAUGGAACUAGUCCUGUCAAUCAGCUUGAAUGGAAAGACCUGUCAAUCAGCCUGAAUGGAACUAGACCUGUCAAUCAGCCUGAAUGGAAUUAGUCAUGUCAAUCAGCCUGAAUGGGAAGACCUAUUCAUCAGCCUGAAUGGAACUAAUCGAUUCUACACUUACUGUCCACCCAAUCAGCUGUUGGUUCAGUUGUUCAUCUCUUUGCUCUCUGUUUAGUUGUGUGCCUCCCUCACUUUCUCUUUCUCUAUGUCCUCAAAUAACAUUUGGGAAUUUCAGACAUACAAUAGCAUCUAAAAAAAACUUGGUGGCUCCUCUUCGGGAGGAAGUGUGAUCUGCUAUCAUCACGUCAUUAUUCUCCACUACUGAGCAGACUGUGGUGCUGAGCUGGCUCUGUCUGACAGGAGUCGGGUCUCAGUAGAACACAAACACAGGACUGAUCUAUGACUUGGUUCCAGACCCAGAACAUUCUCAGACCCAGAACAUUCUCAGAUCCAGAACAUUCUCAGACCCGGAACAUGCAGGCUUGAAAUGAAGUGGAGUCGCGGAUGGUGGAAGCAUCACCGGCUUUGGAGUGCCUCAACUUGGCCCGAACAUUAGCCUUAGAUGAAUGUAAAUAAAGCAUCGCUGGACGGUUUUACUGCUCUAGUGACGUAUCGUAUAGGUGGGACCACUCCAAGCCUGCCUGAACUGGGAUUUAUGUGGACUUCACUGUGAAAUAGUUAUUUAAUUGAUUGCACAGCUCUUAAACAGAUUGAUGCAUGAUGUCUGAGCGUUCCAAAGAAUGCAAAUCAAAGGAAAUAUUCAGUUUUUUAGUUAGAUUUUCUUGAAGUCUAAAUCUGGAAGGGCAAUGUAAAAAUUACUCUCUCUCAGCACUGACAUGGGCAUUGACUCACAUGUCCCCCCCCCCCUCUCUCUUUUAAACAUCAUUGACCACUGUCUGAGGGGUAACCACCUGUCUACUGAUGAACAAGCACACGCAGGGGGCUGACAAAGAACAAUGGCUAGUUGACCUCUACCAUUCCCACUGAAUCCUCGACUCCCACCUGGCCCCAUGGUCCCACAGGAAGAGAGGCUGGGGUCCCCUUCUGUCUACCCAGCCACGGCCCUCUGCAACUGGGCCGGCCUCAUUUGACCUCCCCAUGACAGACCUGUCACUGUGUCCCCUCUGGGCCAGGGGGACAACCUCCGGGACAUCACCCCAGAGAGGGGAUUGAUGGAGGGGGCAUUUGUAGAGCAACAAGGCAGGGUGAGGGUUAAAGAGGUCUGGAAGUAGUGGGUCGGUCACACUGAACAGAAGCUGGGUCAAACAGGAACUGGGUCAGGAUGCAGGGUGGAGUCUCAAUUUAUUUUCGCCAAAGUUCCUGCACAUGUUGUGGGACGACCUUGCAGCUGACGAGGGUCAGAAGGUGGUGGUUACGAUGGUGGGGGGUGGUGGGGGGCGGUGGUGGAUUCGGGGAGGAAAAGAGGGAUCGCUGGAAGGUCAGAGAUGUGUGACGCUGGAGAUGGGGGCGUGUGCUAGUGGGUCUGGGCAGGUGUGAUGUAGUUGAUGUUUGAAUUAUGUUGUCGUUUGUUUGUGUAUGUUUUGUAUUGUUUAUAAAAGAGAAAAUUAAAAGGAAUGUCAGAGAAGAAAUAAUAGUCUUUAAUGGUCUUGUGCGUUUUGGUCAAUUAACCCCUGAUGCUGCCUAUGAGCCUUUACUCUAGGACUGAGAAGGAGUGGGCGUGGGAAACCUGAAAGUAGGGAGUGAAUACAGUAAUGUGUGGAACAAUAACUAGCUCCUGGCCGAUUCCACGCCAAGAUAGCCCGAAAAUAGUACCAGAGAGCCCACUAUGGAAAUGUUAUAUGUUUGAAGAGUAUAUUGUUCCAUACAAUAUGUCUAAAAAUAAGCUAAAUCAAAAGGGUACUUUUGAGAUAUUAAUAUUAUUAUUUUUUAUGUUGAAUAAAUGAAUGUGAUUUUAUUUUAUCUAAACAUACUCCAUAUGUUAGAGCACACUAUUAGGAGUAUAAUGACACCAACAUGUUGUCUGCAUCAUGUACGGUUCACAGAUCAUAGGGUCUUACAGGAGGCAUGUAUAGGUCUAAAAAGGGCCUAAAAUAGCCUCUUUUAUAAUAAUAAUAAUAAUAAUAAUAAUAAUAAUAAUAAUAAUAAUAAUACAUUUAAUUUGUAUAGCGCUUUUCAUUACGGAGUUAUCGCAAAGCUCUCAUAGCUUUAUCAUGAUUUUCUCAAAAAUGGUUUGUGAUACAAAUGUAAAAAGCUUAUCAAACAUCCUUCCUCCCAAUGGAGUUUCUAUGUGAGAAUUGCCAGAAUAAUCUGAGAUAACAGAAAUAUUUUUGGGCCUUCCUGGCGUGGAAUCACCCUUCUAUGUUCUGUGUGUGUGCGUGUGUGCAUAUUGUCAUCUCUGUGCAUAUUGUCCUCUCAUCUCUCUCCCCCUUCCUGUAGGUGUUGAAAUGGGUGGAAGAGGCAGUGCAGUCAUCCAAGGUCCACCUGCUGUCCACUGACCACUACAACGGGGUCAGCAACACCUGGCCGAUCCCCUUUGACCCCAGCCUGAAGGAGGUCACUGUGGCACUCAGCGGCCCCGCACCUGACAUCGAGAUACGCAACCCCCAGGGUAGGCUACUGCACAAAACACACCACCCCUUCCCUAUGACCUUUCACCUUUUGUCAGAUUUCACAGGACUGUCUGCUCACAAGUCAGGCACUGUAGUGUUCGCUGAAGGCUUUUCUAAUGUACUGUAGCUUUGCUUUUUGGGGCCUUAAUUCUCUUCAGUUCCGCUCAGCUAUGAAGUGCUUUGAAAGGCUGGUCAUGGCUCACAUCAACACCAUCAUCCCAGACACCCUGGACCAACUCCAAUUCGCAUACCGCUCCAAUAGAUCCACAGAUGAUGCAAUCUCAGUUGCACUUCGCACUGCCCGCUCCCAUCUGAAAAGAGGAGAAAUAACUAUGUGAGGAUGCUGUUCAUAGACUACGGCUCUGCGUUCAACGUCAUAGUCUCCUCCAGGAUCAUCACCAAGCUAGGGACCCUAGGACUGAACACCUCCCUCCGUGACUGGAUCCUGGACAUCCUCAUGGGCCGAUCCUCAAAAAGUUAUACAACUGCACUAUCGAGAGCAUCUUGACUGGCUGCAUCACCGCUUGGUAUGGCAAAUGCACCGCUCUCGGCCGCAAAGCACUACAGAGGGUGGCGCGGCCAGCCCAGUACAUCACUGGGGCCGAACUCCCUGCCAUCCAGGACCUCUAUAUCAGGCGGUGUCAGAGGAAGGCCCGAAAGAUGUCCGAAGACUCCAGCCACCCAAGCCAUAGACUGUUCACUCUGUUACCAUCUAGCAUCAGCUCUCAGACCAACAGGCUCUGAGACAGCUUCUACCCCAAAGCCAUAAGACUGCUAAAUAGCCAUAAGACUGCUAAAUAGCCAUAAGACUGCUAAAUAGCCAUAAGACUGCUAAAUAGUUAAUUAAAUGGUUAACCGUACUAUCUGCACUGACCCUAUCUUGCACUGACUCUAUUCACACUCACAAGACUAUACACUGAGUGUACAAAACAUAAAGAACACCUGCUCUUUCCAUGACACAGACUGACCAGGUGAAUCCAGGUGAAAGCUAUGAUCCCUUAUUGAUGUCACUUGUUACAUCCACUUCAGUCAGUGUAAAUGAAGGGGAGGAGACAGGUUAAAUAAAUAUUUUUUGCCUUGAGACAAUUGAGACAUGGCAAGACAAAAUAUUUAAGUGCCUUUGAACGGGGCACCGUAGUAGGUGCCAGGCGCACUGGUUUAUGUCAAGAAGUUCAACGCUGCUGGGGUUUUCAUACUCCACAGUUUCCCGUAUCAAGAAUGGUCCACCACAUAAAAGACAUCCAGCCAACUUGACACAACCGUGGAAAGCGUUGGAGUCAACAUGGACCAGCAUCCCUGUGGAACGCUUUCAACACCUUGUUGAGUCCAUGCGCCGAUGAGGCUGUUCUGUUGGCAAAAGGGGGUGCAACUCAAUAUUAGGAAGGUGUUCUUAAUGUUUUGUACACUCAGUAUAUAUACACACUAUAUACACACUCGUACACACUACACUAACACUCACACAAAACCCACACACAUACAUUCACAUACAGUACAUACACACACACACACACACACACACACACACAUAACACACACAGACAUACCGAUACAACACAUACACAAACACACACACACACACACACAUACACACACUUUUACACUCAUCAUUUGCUGCUGCUAGUCUGUUCUUUAUUUUACUCUUAUUAUCUAUCCUGAUGCCUAGUCACUUUACCCUGCCUUCAUGUACACAUCUACCUCAAAUACCUCUUACCCCUGCACAAUGAUCUGGUACUGGUACUCCCUGUACCGUAUAUAGAUACAUUUUUGUGUAUUUUAUUCCUCUUGUGUUACUAUUUGUAUUUUAUUAUUAUUUUUAACUCUGCAUCGUUGGGAAGGGCUCAUAAGCAAGCAUUUCACGUAAAGGUGUAUUCGGCGCAUGUGACAAAUACAAUUUUAUUUGAUUUCAGCUCAAUAUUAGUUCAAUGAGUUCAAUUCUAUUGUUAUAGAGUUGCUGAAAUUAGUUUGGUUUGUUUGGCUGCAAAGAAAAUGGAAAUGUAUUUCCAAACAGGGAAGCUUGUCGGGAAGAGCGACGGUCUGACGGAACUCCUACACAUUCCCAACUCUGCCAGGGUCGUCAACAUCAAGGACCCGGAGCCUGGAAUGUGGUCCAUAAAG